AUGGGUGCGUACAAGUAUGUGUCGGAGCUAUGGAGGAAGAAGCAAUCGGACGUGAUGAGGUUUAUCCAGCGAGUGAGGUGCUGGGAAUACAGACAGCAACCUUCGAUCGUUCGUUUGACUCGACCGACUCGUCCCGACAAAGCUCGUCGUUUGGGUUUCAAGUCGAAACAGGGUUUUGUUGUGUACAGAGUGAGAGUGAGAAGAGGAGGAAGAAAGAGACCAGUGCCAAAGGGUAUCGUGUACGGCAAGCCAACGAAUCAGGGAGUGACACAGCUCAAGUUUCAGAGAAGCAAGAGAUCUGUCGCGGAGGAGCGAGCCGGGAGGAAACUGGCUGGUUUGAGAGUGUUAAACUCUUACUGGCUCAACGAGGACUCGACUUACAAGUAUUACGAGAUCAUCUUGGUCGAUCCGGCUCACAACGCGGUGCGUAACGACCCGAGAAUCAACUGGAUUUGCAACCCUGUUCACAAGCACCGUGAGCUCAGAGGUCUUACAUCGGAAGGGAAGAAGAACAGAGGUCUUCGUGGUAAAGGUCAUAGAAAUCACAAGAACCGUCCUUCACGUAGAGCCACUUGGAAGAAGAACAACAUUCUUUCUCUCCGUCGUUACCGUUGA